CUUACAAGGAAGUGAAACCUUUUCCAUGAUUUCUUUUUUCAUUCCCUACAAUAUCACCCUCGUGAUCUGAAUAAUAGUACUGAGGUGAUGUUAUUAAUGUGGCUUUUUGAAAUCAAACUAAUUAUAUUUGCCUGAAAGAGCCACAUUAGUAUGAUUCUAGCUCCCUGAUGCCUUUUUGGAGCCCUGGAGACAGCCUAGUGAAUAGGGCUGAAAAUUCAUUCUGUAUUUGAUUAAAUGGAACAGACUCGUUGCUCCUUACCCCAGCAGGGGCUAUGAGAUCUCUUGAUCCCCGAAGCUGCUCAGAGACCCUGGGAAUUCCAUUAGCGAGCACCUGAGGAAUGUCUGCCCUGCAGUGCCUUUUUUGAUGAUAGUUGGGGGGAGAGAACUAGUAGUAUUGCGGAGUUGAUUGUGGGCGGGGAGGAUACAUUAGAAGAAUCUAUAUGUUGGAAGAUCUAAAAUCAAGGCAUGACUUAACAGCUUAUCUUUGUAAGAGAAAAGCCCAACCCAAAAGCACACUAAUAGUCAGGAUUCAUAUUUAAAGUAGAACUGUAGUGUAUUUUGGGCACAGAAACUUAACUCAUCCACACUGUUUUUUGAAACCAUCUGAUUCUUUAUUCAGUCUGCAAGACAGAUUGGUGGAAAACAAAUAUUAAAACAAGCACAUAGUGACAGGCUGGUUGUUUCAGUGCCUUGUCAUUCAGUGCCUAGUCUGGAGCGCUGUGCUUUCAACUUCUGUAAUCUGGCACUAUGCAUCUGGAUCCUGGACCCAUACAGGCACUAUUUUUCCUCACUAUUACAGUUCUCUUCUGCACUACAAGUUCAGAUCUGAUUCCUCGUUUUAUUUCUGAGCCCCUGUCCACUGUUCAGAAGCCUGGUGGGCCUGUAAAGCUACAUUGCUUGGCUGAACCCUCCACAGUUCGCAUUUCUUGGUUGUUUAAUGGAGAGAAAUUGGACAGCAGGGUGGAGCAAGUAGAAGUGCAUCCAGGAUCUUUGACAAUCUUUUCUCUCAGCCCUUCAAAUUCUGGGCGCUACCAGUGCAUUGCCAAUAACAGUGUUGGUGCUAUUGUGAGCAGGCCUGCAAGAGUAUCCAUAGCCCGUCUUGAUGAUUUUGAUACUUCAGUGAAAAAUAUAGUCACAGGAGAAGAAGGAAGUUCUGUUUUCAUUGGAUGCAAGGUACCAGAAAGUAACCCUAAAGCACAGGUUCGCUUUCGAGUACGGGGAAAAUGGCUGGAACAAUCAACCGAUAACUACCUAAUUCUUCCAUCUGGAAACCUGCAGAUUUUGAAUGUAACUCUAGAAGACAAAGGGUCCUAUAAGUGUGCUGCAUAUAACCCAGUCACUCAUGAGCUCAAAGUAGAGCCCAUUGGACAUAAGCUUAUAGUCAGCCGUUCUUCCUCCGGGGGUAUACAUAUCCUUCACCCCACUGUUUCUCAAGCUUUUGCUGUACCUCAGCACAGUCCCCUAACUCUAGAAUGUGUUGUUAGUGGGUUGCCUGCAUCUCAUGUCCACUGGUUGAAGGAUGGCCAGGAUGUAUUGCCUGGAGGCAGGUGGAGACUUCUGCACUCUCAUCUUGUGAUAGACAGACUCGAUACAUCAGAUUCUGGAAACUACUCCUGUGUAGUGGCAAAUGAGUCUGAAGUGGUGAAGCAUGUAAACUAUUCACUUAAUGUACUUGAAUCUGCCUCAAUUUCUAAAGGAUUGCAGGACCAGACAGUGUCUCUAGGUGUAACUGCAUACCUUUCAUGCGACAUUCAUGGAAAUCCUGUUCCAAAUCUCACCUGGUUCCAUAAUGCAGUUCCCGUCCAUCUCUCUGCACAUCACCUAUCCACAGGAAACAGUUUGCAAAUCAGUGGCAUUACCAAGGAGGAUUCUGGCUUGUAUCAGUGUGUUGCAAACAAUGGGAUUGGAUUUAUGCAUUCCACUGGGAGACUUACUGUCCAGACAGGCAAAGGUUCAAUGCCAGUUAUAGUUUCUCCACCAGCAAGUACCAGUGCAGUAGAUGGUGGUGGUAUUACGUUGUCAUGUAAUGCCACUGGGCUGCCUGUUCCAGUAAUUCGUUGGUACAACAGCCGUGGACUUAUUACCAGCCACCCUUCUCAGGUCCUUCAUUCAAAAUCACGAAAAUCUUCACAAGCAAGAAUAGGUAGCACCGUGUCAGAACCAAGCUACUUUGCUAUGUCUCGAGGAGGCUCAAGCUCCCUGUAUAUUCAGGCUGUUACUCCAGAGCAUGCUGGGAAAUACUCUUGUGAAGCAACAAAUGAACAUGGCUCAGCACUGUCGGAUGCAUUCCUUACAGUUGUUCCUUUUGAAACUAGUACAAAAGCUGAAGAAAUCACUACUCCAGAGACUGCCCAAAGUGAUGAAGGUGGCAGAGAUUAUGAUACAGAAACUGGGUUUUCAAGUUUGCCUCCAACAAACCUGCAUCUUGAUGAAGUUAUUACAGAAAAAAGUCUUGGUGGUGCUUCCCCCCCUGAAGCACCAAUUAUCCUCAGUCCUCCACAGACUCUCAAGCCAGACAUGUACAACCUGGUGUGGCGUUCUGGAAAAGAUGGUGGGUUACCUGUCAAUGCUUACUUCGUGAAAUAUCGCAAGCUGGAUGACAGCAUCAACGUAAUGGGAAGCUGGAAUACAAUUCGUGUCCCAGGAAGUGAAAAUGAACUUCGUCUCACCGAAUUGGAGCCUUCAAGCCUCUAUGAAGUUUUAAUGGUAGCAAGGAGUGCUGCUGGUGAAGGGCAGCCUGCUAUGCUUACAUUUCGUACUAGCAAAGAAAGAGCACCAUCCUCGAAAAACACUCAGGCCCCAUCUCCACCAGUUGGCAUUCCUAAACAUCCUGUCGUUCAGGAGGGGACAAAUAACUUUGGUGUGGUCCUUUCAGAUCUGUCUCGGCAUAGUGGAGUUCCUGAGGCUCCAGAUAGGCCUACUAUCUCAACAGCAUCUGAAACAUCAGUCUAUGUCACCUGGAUCCCACGAGCAAAUGGUGGCUCCCCUAUCUCUGCUUUUAAAGUAGAGUACAAGCGUAUGAGUCGAAACAGUGAUUGGCUAAUUGCAGCUGAUAAUAUCUCUCCAUCUAAAUUGUCAGUGGAAGUUCGUAACUUGGAGCCAGGGGUCAUGUAUAAGUUCCGUGUGAUCGCUAUUAACAAUUACGGAGAAAGCCCACGAAGUGCAGCUUCUCGACCUUAUCAAGUAGCUGGCUUUACCAACCGUUUCUCAAAUCGCCCCAUCACAGGACCUCACAUUGCCUACACUGAGGCAAUCAGUGACACUCAAAUCAUGUUAAAAUGGACUUACAUUACUUCAAGUAACAACAACACGCCCAUCCAAGGAUUUUAUAUAUAUUAUCGCCCAACAGACAGCGACAAUGAUAGCGAUUACAAGAGGGAUAUUGUGGAAGGUACAAAGCAAUGGCAUUUGAUAAAUCAUCUGCAACCAGAAACAUCUUAUGAUAUUAAAAUGCAGUGUUAUAAUGAAGGUGGAGAGAGUGAGUACAGCAACGUGAUGAUCUGUGAAACGAAAGUGAAGCGCACACCUGGAGCCUCAGAAUAUCCAGUGAAAGACCUGAGUACACCACCUAAUUCUCUUGUUCAUGGUGUUGGGAGCAAUGCUGGUCCAUCAAAUGGCCCUGUUCGGAGCAGUGACAUGCUGUAUCUGAUUGUGGGCUGUGUCCUUGGAGUGAUGGUCCUUAUUCUCAUAGUUUUCAUUGCCAUGUGUCUAUGGAAGAAUCGUCAACAAACCACCAUGCAGAAGUAUGACCCUCCUAGUUACCUCUACCAAGGGGCAGAUAUGAAUGGGCAAAUGAAUGAGUAUACUACGUUACCAGGCACAAGUCGUGUCAAUGGCAGCAUACGUGGAAACUUCAUUGGCAACGGUAGCCUCAAUAAUGGCUGUCCACACAUCCAUCAUAAGGUUUCUAAUGGAGUUAAUGGGAUCAUGAAUGGAGGAGCUGGACUUUACCCAGGGCACACCAACUCCCUUUCCAGGACACACAUGGAUUAUGAACACCCCCACCAUUUAGUAAAUGGUGGUGGAAUGUACACAGCAGUGCCUCAGGUUGACCCUUCUGAGUGCAUCAACUGCCGAAAUUGUCGGAACAACAACAGAUGUUUCACCAAAACCAAUGGUACUUUUAGCAGCAAUACCCUUCCUGUAGUGCCGGUUGUGGCACCUUAUCAGCAGGACAGUUUAGAGAUGAAACCAUUGAAUCAUGUGAUGGUAGCCAUGUGCUUAGCCUCCACAGUUCCAGAAUGCAGUGGCCAGAUUGAAGAGGACAGGAAAGAAAAAGUGGAGCAACCAUCUCCCCAGCAUUCUUGCUGUCAAGAAAAUAUGAAUCAAAUCAAUGCAGAUUGCACAGAAGGUAACAACUGUGCACAUUCAGAAACAUCAAAUCACAUUUUGAGCUGGAGUCCCCUUAUUCUGCAGCCUGUUUCAAAGGACUGUAAUGAAAAAUCAAGUUGGAAUUCAUCUGGUGUCACUUUAAACAGCUCUGGGGACUUUCGACAGCUCCAAAUACAGGAAGCCUGAGGAUGUGACCAUUUUCCCCACUUGAAGCCAGUAACUGCACAGCAGAAUCACUGAAAGGGACUGAUGGAGGGAUGUUAAUUAUAACAGAGAGUUGCUAUUUAUUUUUUGUAGUAGUGUCAUAUGAAUGUAUCUUGUGUAAAAUUUUUCCUUUCUUUCAUAUUAUUUAUGCCCUGAGAAGUUUCUUUGGCUUUUUCACAUUCUGUGGACUAGCCUGGUUAUGUGUAAAAUUUUGUAAUAAUAUAAAACAAUGAUUGAAAAUAAGUAGUAUGUUUUCCAUGGAUAUUACCAGCGCAAGAAGCACUUCUGCAGAGGAACCUGAAUGUUUAGUAUGCAGAUUUCUUUGAGCGAGUCAGACCUGAGUGGUUCUGAGGUUCAUGGCAGAUUAUAGCCACCCCGUAGAGAAUUGCUGCAUCACUGGCAUUUGUUGCAGUAUUUUUAUAGCUGUUUUUCCCUGAAUAUAUGUUCUAGCUUGUUUCAGAUUAUCUAGAGGCAUCUUGAGAUUUGGUAAACGAACCUCUGCAAAAUAAUGAACUUCAGGUGCUCCAUUUUUCAGCCAGUUCAGCUGUUCAGAUAGUAAUUAACCCAACGGGGAAUCUGAGCUCAGAGGUCAGUUGACAGUUCUUUGGGGUUUUAGUUGUUUGCCAGUAUUCAGAAAAAAGUCUACUGGUCAACAUUCUCGUGCUUCCUAGCAAUAGUCAUUUUUCUGGACACAUUGGAAGUUGCUAUUUUUCCUGUUUUUAAAAGGAUUUCAAUUACCUUGUCAAGAAACAAAUUCUGAGUGAUUUGUUGGAUCCACCCCUUUCCCAUAAAUAAGGAAUAAUCAAGAUAAAUAGUCCAUAGUCUGAGAAUUAGUCAUCCAAUCUCUACUGUAAGUACUUCUCUGAAAAUAUUGUUUUUUAAAAGACGGGGACUAAACUGCUAAUAAUUAUUCACAGCGACCAUCUCUGACUAGCUGGUUGUUUUGCAUUCUGUGCGUGUAAAUUUCUCUGCACAUAAAUUAGAUUGAAUUUUCUAAAUUCAGAUCUUAAACCUGCUUAUCUAUACACAGACCUUCCUUAAGAGCAGCUGGGAUUUACAUGCUGAGAGUAAACACAGGCAGUACAAAGCAAACUUUACUCCAUGAGGUUCAGCUGCUUUAGUCUUUACAGCUCAUUAGUAAAUAAUUGCUGUUAAUUCCAUUGGUUUAAUUUCUAGCAGCCCUAAACUGGAAUCUUUGUUGGUCUGUACUUUAUUAAUCUGCGCACUAGCUAAUAGUGGUGGCAGCCCCAUGUCUCCCAAAAGACUGACUAUUAAGAAGAGGUGAGACUGGGAUGAUGCUUUAUUCCUAAACUCUUAACAGUGCCCAACUAACAAUUACAGAAUUAAAGUGAGAAGAUAUAUUCUGAUGCUUUAUCCCUGUUUUUUGUUCACUUAGAAAUAACAAAUUUCAGUGCUUUCUAGGGGUUUCCUAGGGCUCCUUG